GGAGCAGCGCGGCGGAGGAAUACAGCCAGCCGCAUUUCUGCUCCGUCGGACCGCAUCUCCGCCCCGGCAGCGCCGCUCCAGAACCCGGCCCACCGAAUCACAGCUGCGGCUGGAGGCGCACCUCUCUCAGGUAAAGACGCUCCGUCAACCGCAGGAACGCGAAGGCGGACAUUUUUCCUCCCGCAAAACUAAUCCGUCUGCCUGGCGACGUUGAAUCUUUAAGUUUCCUCCAAUGCUGUAGGUGCUGAAGACCUCAGGAGGACACCAUGUCCCACAGCGAGCCAGAUAGCGGCACGGACAAUAAGUCCCCUCAAAUGGAGACCCUCUUUUCUACAGUACUUCAUAUAUACGAGCCAGGAGAUGAAGGCUACCAACAGAAAAGCCCCCCCGCACAGCAGGAAACAGCCACCCCGCAGGGAGAUGAAGUGGACAGGGUGGUGGUGCCAGAGCAGGUGAUCCGGAGCACAGAGACUCCUGUAGCAAAGACGCCCGAGAGCCAAAAGGUGGUUCUGAGCACCGAGAGCCCUGCAGCAAAGAGGCUCGGCAUCAACCAGCUGAUUCCUAAGAGCUUAGCAGUGGCCAGCAGGCCCAAGAACCGCCACCACACCACUGUGGUGACCUUCCCAGUAGGACUGGAGAACACCAGCAGCGACAGCCGCAGCCGUCACUCGGCCCAGGGGCCGGACGUUUCCUGGGACGAUUAUGACAGCGACGGAGACGGUUUAGCCUUCCGGAGGAACCGCAGGAACAAGUCAUACCGGGCCGCCGUGACCAGCCUGGACAUUGAGGCCAUGACAGCCGGGACGGCGAGUGCGACCACUCUGAAACGCGUUGAUGAAACCAGAGAAAGCAGUCCUGGUCCUGCUUCAGGUCACAGACGAAAGCGUACGCUGGGCAGAAAGAGGAACCAGCGUGGAUCAUUCAAAGAUGCGACGCCGCGCCUGUACCAGGAGAUCCGAGAGCGCGGCCUGCACUCCACCAACCAGGACGAGAUGCUCGAGGACUUCGUGGUGGUGGAGCCUCCCGCGCAGGACCAGGGCAUUGUGAUGAAAAGCUACAAACAAGCUCACCUCACCUGGAGCCAGUUACCUCAGGUGAAGGAGUCUGGUAUUCUGUCAACAAUCACGCCUCAGGAGAGAAAGAGACAAGAGGCCAUUUUUGAAAUUAUCACCUCCGAGCACUCGUACCUGCACAGCCUUGGCAUCCUGGUACGUCACUUCAAGAACAACGCAGAGCUGAAGAACACAAUGACGACCACUGAGCACCACCACCUCUUCUCCAACAUAUCUGUCAUCCACACGGUUAGCCAACGUUUUUUUAAGGACCUCGAAAAUCGUCACAACGAUCAGCUGCUGAUCAGGGACAUCAGCGACAUUGUCCAGAACCACGCCGCGCACCACUUCGAACCAUACAUCGUCUACUGCUCCAAUGAGACCUUCCAGCAGAGGACGCUGCAGAAGCUGCUGAAUGAUAACUCUGCGUUCAAAGAGACCUUGAAAAACAUCGAGACAAGUGGUGAAUGUGGAGGCCUGCCCAUGCUCUCGUUCCUCAUCCUGCCCAUGCAACGUGUGACCAGACUACCACUCCUGCUUGACACAAUCUGUCAGAAAACCCAGGCACAGACCGCGGAGUACUUCGCUGCUGUUUGGGCGCUGAAAGCUAUGAGCAAGUUGGUCACUGAAUGCAACGAUGGAGCAAGGCGGAUGGAAAGGACCGAGCAGAUGUACACCAUCCAAAAGCAGAUGGAUUUUGGAAAAAUAAAGCCAUUUCCUCUGGUGUCGGCAUCCCGAUGGCUGAAGAAGCGUGGUGAGCUGGCCGUCUCCAGCGAAGAGCUGAGCAUAUGGAAGGCGUUCACCACCAGGAGCUACUACCUGUUUCUCUUCAAUGACGUGCUGAUCGUCACCAAAAAGAAGUCGGAGGAGAGCUUCGUCGUGUUGGACUACGCCACUCUGGAUAAGGUAGAGGUCGAGUUUGGGAAAGACGCAGAGGGACAGACGUCUUCGCCCAGCAAAAACAACUCCAGCUACCUUUCCUUCAAACUGCGGAUGACCAAGAACAGUGAGGGCAAAUUAGAGCAGAUCUCCCUGGUGGCCGACUCCAGGGUGGACCGGGCACGAUGGGUAAUCGCUCUUAAAGAGCAAAAGCAGGACAAGGUCGUCACUUGCACAGACGGGUUGCCGCAGUAUGAAGUCACCAAAACGUACAUGCCAAAGGAGCCGGAUGAACUGGGCCUGCGUCAGGCCGAGCUCGUCAUUGUUCUCCAAAAGGAAGAAGAAUGGUGCUACGGCGAGAGAAUGCGGGACGGCGAGAGCGGCUGGUUUCCUGCCAGCUGCGCCACGGAGAUCACCAACCCCACCGCCGUGGAGGACAACGUGCAACGGAUGAAGCGUCUGCGCAAAGAGACCAACGUCUGAGCGGAAGCUGCACCGCUGAGGAGGAGUUAAACUGAGCCCUGGAAGUCCAUUACGGCAGACUGAAAUUCUUUACCGCACAUGGCAUAAUGUGCAAAAGGCGUCCUCGGGCAACAUGGGGGAGGGUUGCUGCAUAUUCCUGUCUUCAUAUGGUGCCAAAUAUGUUAUGGUUUUAGUAGAAUUGAGUCAAGAGGAGGAGCCCCGGUCGGUUUAGUCACUCACAUGUCAACAUCCACUAUGAUGUAGAAACCCGACAAUUGUCCAUAGCCUGUAUACUUGAGAAGAAUAAAGACUCAAAAACA